CUAUAAGAGGAGAGAUUAGGAAAGGGGGGACCCAUGAAGACCCCAAAGGCUGCUGCAGACACCCACUGCCUCCUUGCAGCAUGGCGUCCCUCCUUCAUGGCACUCUGCUCCUCCUGCUGGUCUUCAUCCAUGGGAGUCCAGUCCUGGGCUCGGAGAUCGUAGGAGGAAGGACCGCUGUACCUCAUUCCCGCCCGUACAUAGCAUCUCUGCAGCAGCGCAGCCACUUCUGUGGGGGGACCCUGAUCCAUCCUAGGUUCGUGAUGACUGCAGCCCACUGCCUAAGUGACAAGAACCCUGGGAGCAUUCAGGUGGUGCUGGGGGCCCACAACAUUCGCAGUCUAGAACCCACACAGCAGAGGCUGCGUGUUCAAAGAGUCUUCGAGAACGGCUUCAACCCUCAGACCCUGCAGAAUGACAUUGUGAUUCUUCAGCUGGAAGGCACAGCCAACAUCAAUACUAAUGUCCAGGUGGCCCAGCUCCCUCAGCAAGGCCAGAGGGUGAGAGGAGGAACCCAGUGCCUGGCCAUGGGAUGGGGGCAAUUGAGCAACAACAGGGGUCCGCCUGCCCAGCUGCAGGAGCUCAAUGUGACUGUUGUCACCAGCCUCUGCCCCUCUGGCAACCUCUGCACGCUUGUACCCCGACGCCGGGCUGGGAUCUGUUUUGGAGAUUCUGGAGGACCCUUGGUCUGUAAUGGAGUAGUCCAUGGCAUUGAUUCCUAUGUUCGAGGAGGCUGUGCCUCUGGCUUCUUCCCUGAUGGCUUUGCCCCAGUCUCUCAGUUCAUCCAGUGGAUUAACUCCAUAAUACGCCCUCGCAAACACUCUGCUCACUGGUCCUUGAGAAGGAUAGCCACCCCGAGGGAGAACCUUUUAGAGCUUGGGGGCAAGAGAGGCACGAUGAUGAUCACCUGGACCCGGCUGGCAGCUCUGCUCCUUCUGGGGGUGGCAGCCUGUGCUGCCCGCCCACGAGGAAGGAUUUUAGGGGGCAUGGAAGCUGCACCCCACCUCCGACCAUACAUGGCAUCCAUUCAGAUAGAUGGAAAACACCUGUGUGGGGGCUUCCUCCUGAACGAGUGGUGGGUACUGAGUGCAGCCCACUGUGUGGAGGAUAUAUCACCAGGAUCCACUGUCCGGGUGCUUCUGGGAGCCCACUCCUUGUCCCAGCCAGAAUCUUCCAAGCAUCUCUAUGAGGUCCAAAGCCUCUUUCCACACCCUGACAGUCACCCUGACACCAUCCACCAUGACAUUCUUCUCAUCAAGCUCUCUGAGAAGGCGACCCUGGGCCCGGCCGUGCAGCCCCUCCCGUACCAGAGGGAGGCCGGGGACGUAGCUGGAGGCACGUUCUGCUCGGUAGCCGGCUGGGGGAUCACCACCCACUCGGGUCGGAAACCGGACCGCCUGCAGCAGGUCGACUUGCCUAUCAUGGACCGAGCUGUCUGCAAUCAGCGUAUCUACCAUGACAACCUCAUCACCGACAAGAUGAUCUGUGCCGAAAGCCGCAAGAAGGAUGCUUGUAGGGGUGACUCUGGGGGCCCCCUCGUCUGCAAUGGGGUAGCUCAAGGCAUCGUGACAUCGGGCACCCGAGUGUGCGGAAACUGGAAGAAGCCGGGGAUAUAUACUAAGAUCUCCAGCUACACGGACUGGAUCGACAGCGUCCUUGCCUCUGCAUCCUGAGAGUCCCUGGGACUCCCGGGCAGGAAGGGGACCUAACAGAUCCAAGGGACCUCUGGCUGUCACUCAGCCUUUGAGGAUCUCAAAGCACCUAAUCCAUACUGAUUGCCUUGAUAAACCCGGUUGGCUUUGGAGUCCCUUUGCGUAAAACGUCCUCCUCUGUAGGGGAUCCAAGUAAGCCGGAAAGGAGGUGGGAUUGAUUACCCUGCGGGGAUCCCCAGUUACGGGAUAGGGUGGGAGAAGGAGGUACUGUUAAUGAAGCAGACUCUCAAUAAAGUGUUCACCACAAAAUCA